CCGUGAGCAAGAAUCGAAAUUCGAAUGUUCUGCAUAAUUUGCUGUACAAGUAUAGACAAGAGAAAAAGAAAAAACAAAAAAAAACCAGUGGAUUAUAUCCGAAAGUACCCCUACUUGUUUCCCUCCCUAUGCCCAGAGACGCAUCCCUCUUCCCUGACUUUCACUCGCAUGGAGAACCUGAAGCGCAACGAGCACUCUUCGAUCUCCAGUUCGAAGAGGAGCUUGAAGAGGAAGCUGGACGAGGAUUUUGAAGAAGAUCGCUUGAGAACAGUUUCUCUCUCCUCUGACGAUGCUCAUCAAGAUAUCAUCCGCGAGGUCCGCAGUCAAGUGCAGAUUCUCGGAGCGUCUUUUUCUUCGUCCGAGCCAGAUCGAGCUGCCUCUAAACGCGCCAUUCAUAUCCUUUCCGAGUUAGCAAAGAACGAGGAUAUUGUGAACGUAAUUGUGGAUUGUGGCGCUGUUCCGGCUCUUGUGCAGCAUCUCCUGCCGCCAUCUCCUACAAGGGAUGGAGAAGCCGGUCCAAUCCCGCACGAGCAUGAGGUCGAGAAAGGAAGUGCUUUCACUCUUGGGAUGCUUGCCAUAAAACCAGAGCAUCAACAACUCAUUGUCAAUGCUGGAGCCGUGCCUCAUCUUGUCAGCAUUCUGAAGAGGCAUAAGGAUAGUCCAAACUCUCGUGCUCUCAAUGGUGUGAUCAGGAGAGCUGCAGAUGCAAUCACCAAUCUUGCUCAUGAGAAUAGUUGCAUUAAAACACGUGUUAGGGUCGAGGGUGGCAUCCCUCCUCUUGUUGAGUUGCUUGUGUUUGCUGAUGCGAAGGUGCAAAGAGCAGCUGCAUGUGCCUUACGAACGUUGGCCUUUAAAAAUGAUGAAAACAAGAAUCAGAUAGUGGAGUGCAAUGCUUUACCCACUCUUAUUCUAAUGCUUCGGUCUGAAGAUAGCGCAAUACACUAUGAAGCGGUUGGUGUAAUUGGCAAUCUUGUUCACUCAUCUCCCAAUAUCAAGAAGGAUGUUCUUGCUGCUGGAGCGUUACAACCUGUCAUUGGGUUACUUAGUUCUUCCUGUUCAGAGAGCCAAAGGGAAGCUGCAUUACUUCUGGGGCAAUUUGCUGCUACAGAUUCAGACUGCAAGGUUCACAUUGUCCAAAGAGGUGCCGUUCCACCACUCAUUGAGAUGCUCCGCUCAUCAGAUUCUCAACUACGAGAAAUGUCAGCUUUUGCGCUAGGGCGGUUGGCACAGGAUACACACAAUCAAGCUGGUAUUGCUCAUAGUGGUGGUAUAUUGCCAUUACUGAGACUUCUUGAUUCAAAAAAUGGAAACCUCCAACACAAUGCAGCAUUUGCACUAUAUGGGCUUGCAGAUAAUGAGGAUAAUGUUGCAGAUCUAAUCAAGGUCGGGGGUGUUCAAAAACUUCAAGAUGGAGAAUUUAUUGUUCAACCAACUAGAGACUGUGUGGCGAAGACAUUGAAAAGAUUAGAGGAGAAGAUUCAUGGGCGUGUUUUAAGCUACUUGUUGUAUUUGAUGCGUGUUGAAGAUAAUGUAGUCCAAAGACGAGUUGCAUUGGCUCUUGCUCAUUUGUCAUCACCAGAGGAUCACAAGACAAUUUUUCUUGAUAACAAUGGUCUGGAAUUGAUUUUGGAGCUUCUGGAAUCAACAAUUGUAAAGCACCAAAGAGAUGCCUCAGCUGCCCUAUGUAAAUUAGCAAAUGAAGCUAGUUCACUUUCUCAUAUUGAUGCAGCUCCUCCCUCUCCAGUAUCCCAGGUCUAUCUGGGUGAUCAGUAUGUAAAUAAUCCUACACUCUCAGAUGUGAUAUUUUUAGUUGAAGGCAAGCGGUUUUAUGCCCACAGGAUUUGCUUGCUUGCUUCUUCGGAUGCAUUUCGGGCAAUGUUUGAUGGUGGUUACAGGGAGAGAGACGCCAAAGACAUUGAGAUCCCAAAUAUCAGAUGGGAUGUUUUUGAGUUGAUGAUGAGGUACAUAUACACAGGGUCUGUUGAUGUUAAUUUGGAAAUUUCUCAGGACCUUCUUAGAGCAGCUGAUCAAUAUCUGCUUGAUGGCCUAAAACGUCUAUGCGAAUAUACAAUUGCACAGGAUAUUUCAGUAGAAAAUGUAUCUAUGAUGUUCGAGUUGUCCGAGGCUUUUAGCGCCACAACAUUAAGAAACGCUUGCAUUCUUUUUGUCUUGGAGAACUUUGACAAACUUAACGUCAUGCAUUGGUACUCACCUCUGAUUCAACGUAUUUUACCUGAGACUCGCGCCUACUUUGUGAGAGCACUCACCAGACCAGUUCAAGCUGACUUCCGGCGGUAAUUUGUUUUUUUUACAGUUUUAGUUCUGAUUGAUCAAUGUAGAAGAUGAAGAGGGGAUGUACAGGAGCUGGUAGUUUCACCUUGAUGUACUCAGAGAGGAAGCUCUAAUUUGGCUUUCCACCUGGGUCUGUCUUUAUUAUACCAAUUGAUGUUACCACUUCAGUAUUAGAUAUCUAAAAGUGGAAAAGAAAUGGAGAUUGUGCAUAAAUGGAUCCUAAAAGCAAUUGAUGGUUUCAAUGUGGUUGUGGAAGAAUAGGAUAAAUUAACAUGAAAAUGAAAAUUGAUGCAAGAGAUGAGCUUAACUCAAGUGUUCAUAGUUUUUAUAUA